AUGGUGAAAAUUAAUGAGAACGAAUUGAGUGAUAAAGAAUUGGCUGAAUUUUUAUCAGAAGAUAGUGAUAAUGGUGAUGAGAAUUUAUUAAAUAAGAAAUAUUCUGAUAAAGAAGCAUUAAUAACAUUAGAAGUCGAUUUUCCUAGGAUUGUUACUAUAUUAGGUAUACCUAAGGUUGAAUCAGAAAAGCAUGGAAGAUUAGCUGAAGUAUUAAAGAAAUUAUUUAUAAGACAUUUGAGUGCUAAAAUUAGUGAUUCUUCUUUAUUAAAUAUGAAAAUAGAUAUGCCUACUGAUGAAGAGAAUAAAACUAAAGGUAUUUGUUUUGUAACAUUUAAUGAUAGUUUUCAAGCAAAUGAAGCUGUAAAGAUAUUGAAUAAAUUAAAAUUAGAUGCAAAACAUAUAUUAACUACAUCAAAAAUGGAUGAUAUAGAAAAUAUUAUUAAUAGAGAUGAAAAAGCAAUGCCUAUUAAUGUUGUUGGAUUUACAAGAGAAAAAAUUAGAUGGUGGUUAUAUGAUGAAAAAUGUAGAGAACAAUUUAUUGUUAGAUAUGAUAGUCAUUUUGAAGUUCAUUGGUUUGAUCCUUUAGAAAAAGAACCUCAAUUAAUUUAUACAACUUUUAAAAAAAAUGCACCUUUUUCAAGUGUUCAAUGGAGUAAUCAAGGUUCUUAUUUAGUUAGCUUUCAUAAUCCAGGUAUAGCUUUAUGGGGAGGAGAUAGUUUUGAAAAAUUAAUUAGAUUACAACAUAAAAGUGUUAAAGAAAUUAUGUUUUCUCCUAAUGAAAAUUAUGUAUUAACAUGGGAUGGUACUCCAUAUUCUUUAAGAAAUGAAAAAUCUAUUUGUAUUUGGAGAGUUAUCACAGGUAAAUUACUUCGAUCUUUUAUUACUCCUGAAUAUAGUCCUAAAGAAAAAAUGUUUCCACAUUUCUUAUGGAGUCCUGAUGAUAAAUAUAUUGCUUGUAUAGGAAAACAAAAAGAAGUUUAUGUUUAUGAAUUACCAUCUAUGUUAUUAAUUGAAGAUCAUGAAAAAAAAAGAACACCCUUAAAAUAUUCAGGUGUAAAAGAAUUUGAUUGGUCACCUGUUGAUAAUAUUUUAGCUAUAUGGAUACCACAAACUAAUGAUACACCAGGAACAUUAAUUCUUGUAGAUAUACCAUCCAGAAAAGAAUUAGUUUCAAGAAAAAUUUAUGAUGUUAGUGUUGCUUCCAUACAUUGGCAUAAUAAAGGGGAUUAUCUAUGUUUAAAAACAACCAUUCAAAAAAAAUCUGGUAAAAAAAUUAAGAAAGAAUAUACACAAUUAGAAAUAUUCCGUAUGAGAGAAAAAAAUAUACCAGUAGAUAAUGUACAAAUAGAAGCUGUUAAAACAAAACAAUUCCAUUGGGAAGAAUCCAACAGUAAUCGUUUUGCACUCAUACUUAGAGAAGAAACAACUAAUAAACAACAAAUAAGAUUCUUUAAAAUAUCUAAUAAAGGAACUGCAAGAGAUGCUAAAUGGUCAAGUACAUUCGAAAUUAAUAAUCAAAUGAAUUUUAUGAAAUGGUCACCACAAGGUACUUAUUUUAUAUUAGCAUCAUUAGCAUCAGAAGGUACACUCUAUUUCUGUUGUUUAAAUAAUAAUGAUGAAGUAGAUGUUAUACAUAAAGAUGAACAUCUAUUAGUUAAUUCUAUAUCAUGGAGUCGUUGUGGUAGAUUCCUAGUCUCAGCUGUUUCUAAUAAUCCAAAUGCUUUUAAUACUGGUUAUAGAGAAGAAAAUAGUGAAGCAGGAUUUCAUAUUUGGACCUUUCAAGGAAAAUGUCUUAUGAGAAUAAAAAAACCUUCAUUCAUUCAAUUCUUAUUUAGACCACAUCCGAAGUCAUUAUUUAAUGAUAAAUUAAAAUUAGAAAUCAAAAAUAAUCUAAAUAAUUAUUCAAAAAAAUUCGAUAAUAUUGAUGAAAAAAUGAAAACAGCAAAAAAAAAUGCUUUACUCACAGAAAGAAAAAAUGUAGAAAAUUCAUUCAACCAAAAAUUUCAAGAAAUUACUGCACUCUUCCAAUCAUAUCAAGAAUAUCAACAACUUAAAAAAAAUUGGGAAACAUUCGAGAGCCAAUUUGAAUGGGAAGAAAAAACAAUAGUCAUCGAGCAUGUACUAUCAGUAAAGGAGGAAAUUUUUGCAUAA